UUCUUCGGACCACUGCGAACGCACUCACGGACGCGAUCUCCAUGAUGGACCCAGCAUCGCGUGGCGCGCUGUGCUCAACCAUUGCUUUACCGCUUUCUGGUCGCGAUAGCCUCAGGUGUUUCGCGCUUUGCUGAAGCUGAUAGUAAUGCCUCAUGCAGGCAUCAUUUCACCAGCAUUCCGCUCUAGAACGAAUUAUAUUUUAAUAACAAUAACAAUCGCGCAGGCAAACCGUUAAGGGAAACGUAAUUAAAGUGGUGAAUGAAUGUGAAUACUGAAUGCACACGAUCAUCACCGUAAUCAACACUUUCGGUACGACACGUCUGCGCCAGGUAUUCGCAGUGAUGGUCGCGUUUUAGGGCCUGUGAUGUGCUUGUGGUGAAUCUCAACAAGGAAUGAUAAUAAAACCAUUAUUGGCCGUUAAAUCGGGGGAGCGGGGAAGGUGUGAAGUGUGUGCGCGGUACUUUGCGUGUGUGACGGUAAAUAAUAGUGUCGUUUAUUAGCUUGUGUUUUUGACGGAGAAAUUGGGAUUUUGAUCAGAAGUGGAGUUAACAGUUAAAGCAUGUAGAAUUCUCGCUGAUUAUUCUCAUUAACGGACUCGGCCUCUUUCGAAUUUGGAUUACAAUUUAAUUCAACUGAAUGUAGUUCUCUAAAACGUCGGGCGGAUGGAAGCGAUUGACUGUGAAUUAUUAAACUUUUACUGAUUUACAAUCAUCCGUGAAAAUGUUCGAUUUGAAGCUUUGUUUGCUGGACUUGAUCCGACCUUCGUCGAAUCCGAAACCAAAGAAAUCCCUUAAGGAAAUGUCCACCAAUUACUCCUCAAACUUUAUGCAGAAGUACAACGAUUUAAAUAUAAUUUACUUUAAUGAAAACAUGUCGAUGACCAGUCGAUAUGACAUGCGGAACUAUUCUCCGGUUUACAAGCAACAAAUCUUCCGAACAAGCCCAAUGAGCAGCAGUUUCACCAUGAGGCAGAAUACGAAUCGGGAAUGGGGUUCUGAGAGCGUCAGUUUCGAGUUUUCCUCUGAUGACCGUGAGGAUAAAACGGAGAGUGAAACCGACGGAGCACAUACCGAUGCGGAGGAUUCUGCUGGAGCUGCCUUGGAUUCCUUCUGCACGCUCUGCACUUCGUCCUUCAGUUUCAACCAAUGUCGAUAUUGUGACGACUCCGCAUGCAGUUCGAAGUGCCAGUCCGAGAAGAAUAUCCCGAAUUUAUGCUGUCGGGACCAAAAUGCUAUCAGGUAA